CGAGCCCGGGCCGGAAGAGUUUAAACCGCGCGCAGGCGCGGGCGGCGGAAAAGAGGGCGCGAACCUGUGGGUUGCUGUAAUUUCAGGAGCGAGUUCGGCUGUAGCCCCCAUUCUGGAAGUGUCAGAAGUAUGUCUCAGGAAGGUGAUUAUGGGAAGUGGACGAUAUCCAGCAGUGAUGAAAGUGAGGAGGAAAAGCCAAAACUAGACAAGCCAUCUACGUCUUCCCUCCCCCAUGCUGGGCAGGAAGCAGCAAAUGAACCAAGAUACACCUGUUCUGAGGCUAGGAAAGCGGCCCAUAAAAGGAAAUUAUCACCUGUGAAGUUCAGCAAUACAGAUUCACAAGUUUCACCUCCCAAAAGGCAGAAGAGUGGUUCCCAGGAAGACCUCGGCUGGUGUCUCUCCAGCAGCGAUGAUGAGCUGCAGCCAGGAACACAGCAGAAGCAGGCUAAGAACAUCGUGGUCAAAGAGGAGAGCGGCAUCUCUUCUCCCCAAGACGGUGCUGCCCAAAGAACUGCAAAUCACAGCCCUCCUGCCCUCCAUGGACUAAAAGAGGAGGAAGAGGACUAUGAAACCUCAGGGGAAGGCCAAGACAUUUGGGACCUGUUGGAAAAAGGGAACCCCUUCCGCUUUUACCUCACUAGAGUCUCGGGAAUUAAGCCAAAGUAUAACUCCGGAGCCCUCCACAUCAAGGAUAUUCUGUCUCCCCUAUUUGGGACACUUGUAUCUUCAGCUCAGUUUAACUACUGUUUUGACGUGGACUGGCUCAUAAAACAGUACCCACCAGAGUUCAGGAAGAAACCAAUCCUGCUUGUGCAUGGAGAUAAACGAGAAGCCAAGGCUCACUUACAUGCCCAGGCCAAGCCGUAUGAAAACAUUUCCCUCUGCCAGGCAAAGUUGGAUAUUGCAUUUGGAACACACCACACGAAAAUGAUGUUACUGCUGUAUGAAGAAGGCCUCCGGGUUGUCAUACACACCUCCAACCUCAUCCAUGCUGACUGGCACCAGAAAACUCAGGGAAUAUGGUUGAGCCCCUUAUACCCACAAAUUAUCCAUGGAACCCACAGAUCUGGAGAAUCAACAACACAUUUUAAAGCCGAUCUCAUCAGCUACUUGACAGCUUAUAAUGCUCCUUCACUCAAGGAGUGGAUAGAUACCAUCCACAAACACGAUCUGUCUGAAACCAAUGUUUAUCUGAUUGGAUCAACCCCAGGACGCUUUCAAGGAAGUCAAAAAGAUAACUGGGGACAUUUUAGACUUAGAAAGCUUUUGAAAGAGCAUGCCUCUCCUAAAGGGGAGUCCUGGCCCAUAGUCGGGCAGUUCUCAAGCAUUGGGUCUAUGGGAGCUGAUGACUCAAAAUGGUUGUGUUCCGAGUUUAAAGAAAGCUUGGUGACGCUGGGGAAGGAAAGUCGGACCCCAGGAAGAAGUGCCGUUCGUCUUCAUCUGAUCUAUCCUUCUGUGGAAAAUGUGCGAACCAGCUUAGAAGGAUAUCCAGCUGGGGGCUCUCUUCCCUAUAGCAUCCAGACAGCUGAAAAACAGAAUUGGCUCCAUUCCUAUUUUCACAAAUGGUCAGCUGACACAUCUGGCCGCAGCAAUGCUAUGCCACAUAUUAAAACAUAUAUGAGACCCUCUCCAGACUUCAGUCAAAUUUCUUGGUUUCUUGUCACAAGCGCCAAUUUGUCCAAGGCCGCCUGGGGCGCGUUAGAGAAGAACGGCACCCAGCUGAUGAUCCGUUCCUAUGAGCUUGGGGUCCUUUUCCUGCCAUCAGCAUUUGGCCUGGACAGCUUCAAAGUAAAAGAGAAAUUCUUCUCAGGGAGCAAGGAGCCAGUGGCCGCCUUUCCUGUGCCAUUUGACCUGCCUCCAGAACUGUAUGGAAGUAAAGAUCGGCCGUGGAUUUGGAACAUUCCUUAUACCAAAGCACCAGAUACACAUGGGAAUAUGUGGGUUCCCUCCUGAGAAUCCUAAAGCAUUAUGAAAUUUAGGUGCAAGACAUCAAGCCCCAAAUAAUGAAUGUUCUUGUUGGUGCUGGAUGUUUACCCUUCGAGUCUUGUCUACACCCUUAAC